UCCCAGGGAAAAGUGAGCGAGGCCACCAGUCUGGCCUGAAGGGAGGUGGGGGUAACAGGUAGCAAGGACCUAGCAGGAGCAGCCUUUCAGAAGUCCUCAGGAGACAUCUGGGCCGGGCCUUCAAGUAAGGCCCCCAGGACCACUGGCUGCCCACAAGAGAUGAAGAAUGGCAUCCAAGGGGGCUGGAAUGUCCUUCUCCCGCAAGAGCUAUGGGCUGACCUCAGACACUGAGAAAUCCAGGGUCACAGGCAUUGUGCACGAAAAGCUACUGAAUGACUACCUGCACCGCGUCUUUUCCUCUCCUGACCAUGCACCCACCGCAGCCACCAGCAGGAAACCCCUGAACUUCCAGAACCUGCCAGAACAUCUGGACCAGCUGUUACAAGUGGACAGUGAGGAAGAAGAGAGCCAGGGACAGGUGGAAGGGCGGCUUGGCCCCUCCACUGUGGUCCUGGACCACACAGGUGGCUUCGAAGGGCUUCUUCUGGUGGAUGAUGACCUUCUGGGGGUGAUCGGACACAGCAACUUUGGUACCAUCCGCUCUACCACGUGCGUGUACAAAGGGAAAUGGCUCUACGAGGUACUCAUCUCCUCCCAGGGGCUCAUGCAGAUCGGCUGGUGCACCAUCAACUGCCGCUUCAAUCAGGAGGAGGGGGUUGGAGACACGCACAAUUCCUAUGCCUAUGACGGCAACCGGGUGCGCAAGUGGAACGUGACCACGACGAACUACGGCAAGGCAUGGGCAGCGGGGGACAUCGUGAGCUGUCUGAUCGACCUGGACGAUGGCACUUUGUCCUUCUGCCUCAAUGGCAUGUCACUGGGCACUGCCUUUGAGAACUUAUCCAGGGGCCCGGGCAUGGCCUACUUCCCAGCCAUCAGCCUCUCCUUCAAGGAGUCCGUGGCCUUCAACUUUGGCAGCCGUCCUCUGCGCUACCCAGUGGCGGGCUACCGGCCCUUGCAGGACCCGCCGCGUGCUGACCUGGUGCAGGCACAGAGGUUGCUGGGCUACUUCCGGGCAGUGCUCAGCGUGGAGCUGGACCCGGCGGAGGGGCGGCUGGUGGAGAAGGAGAGCUCGGAGUGGCAGCUUCAGGGCCAGCCCACCGUCCUGCUCACGCUGGCCCACAUCUUCCAUCGCUUUGCACCGCUCCUGCGUAAGGUGUACCUGGUGGAGUCUGUGCUCACGAGCUUCCUGCUGGGCGUCAUGGAGGCGGGCACCCCCACACAGGCGCAGGCUGUGGUGCGCCAGGUUCUGGACCUCCUGUGGCUCUUCAUGGAGGACUACGAGGUUCACGACUGCCUCAAACAGUUGAUGAUGUCCCUGCUGCGGCUGUACCGGUUCUCACCCAUCGUCCCCGACCUAAGCCUGCAGACCCACUACCUGCGGCUCACCAUCGCCAUCCUGAGGCAUGAGAAGUCCCGCAAGUUUCUGCUUAGCAACGUCCUCUUCGACGUGCUCCGGUCCGCAGUCUUCUUUCACAUCAAGAGCCCACUGCGUGUGGAGGAGGCCGGCCUGCAGGAGCUCAUCCCUACCACCUGGUGGCCCCACCGCUCCGGCAGGGAGGGCAAAGACAGUAAGGAGGUGCAGGAUGAGACCGCCGAGGAGCGGCUGCGGAGGCGUGCCUAUGAGCGGGGCUGCCAAAGACUCAAGAAGCGCAUUGAAGGUCUGGCCUGCCUGGCCUGGGUGGGCUGCGGGCCUCAGUGUUCUGUUCCCCACCCUCACCCAGUGGUGGAAGAACUGCAGGUCCAGAUCCUGAAGCUGCUGCUGAACAAUAAAGAUGACAAUGGGGGUGAAGCUUCCAGGUACAUCUUCCUGACCAAGUUUCGAAAGUUUCUGCAGGAGAACGCCAACGGCCGAGGGAACAUACCCCUGCUCUGCCCCCCUGAGUACAUGGUCUGCUUCUUGCACCGGCUGAUCUCUGCCCUGCGCUACUACUGGGAUGAGUACAAGGCUUCCAACCCCCGCACCUCCUUCAGUGAGGAGGCCUACGUCCCACCCCAGGUCUUCUAUAAUGGCAAGGUGGACUACUUCGACCAGCAGCGCCUUGGAGGCCUCCUCUCACACCUUCGAAAGACCCUCAAAGAUGAGCUUGCCUCCAAGGCCAACAUCCUAAUCGACCCGCUGGAGCUCCAGGCGGCCACCAUGGACGACCUGGACGAGGAUGAGGAGCCAUCCCCAGCUGCCGCCCAGCGCCCCAUGCAGGCCCUGGCCAUUGGGGGUGCGCUGCCCCUGCCCCGGCCCAGCUGGCUCAGCUCUCCAACCCUGGGCCGAGCCAACCGCUUCCUCAGCACAGCAGCUGUGAGCCUGAUGACCCCACGGCGGCCUCUGAGCACCUCGGAGAAAGUGAAGGUCCGCACGCUGAGUGCAGAGCAGAGGACCCGGGAGGACAUUGAGGGCAGCCACUGGAACGAGGGCCUGCUGCUGGGGCGGCCCCCCGAGGAGCCUGAGCAGCCCCUCACCGAGAACUCCCUGCUGGAGGUCCUGGACGGGGCCGUCAUGAUGUACAACCUCAGUGUCCACCAGCAGCUGGGCAAGAUGGUGGGUGUGUCCGACGACGUCAACGAAUACGCCAUGGCUCUGAGGAACACAGAAGACAAGCUCCGCCGGUGCCCAAAGCGGAGGAAGGACAUCCUUGAGGAGUUGACCAAGAGCCAGAAAGUUUUCUCAGAAAAGCUGGACCACCUCAGUCGCCGUCUUGCCUGGGUCCACGCCACCGUCUACUCCCAGGAGAAGAUGCUGGACAUAUACUGGCUGCUGCGCGUCUGUCUGCGGACCAUCGAGCACGGCGACCGCACGGGUCCUCUGUUCGCCUUCAUGCCCGAGUUCUACCUGAGCGUGGCCAUCAACAGCUACAGCGCCCUCAAGAAUUACUUCGGCCCUGUGCACAGCAUGGAGGAGCUCCCAGGCUAUGAAGAGACCCUGACCCGCCUGGCUGCCAUCCUUGCCAAACACUUUGCAGACACACGUAUCGUGGGCACUGACAUCCGAGACUCGCUGAUGCAGGCCCUGGCCAGCUAUGUCUGCUACCCGCACUCCCUGCGGGCUGUGGAGCGGAUCCCCGAGGAGCAGCGCGUUGCCAUGGUGAGGAGCCUCCUGGCUCCCUACGAACAGCGGCCCUGGGCCCAGACCAACUGGAUCCUGGUGCGGCUCUGGAAGGGCUGUGGGUUCGGCUACCGCUAUACACGGCUGCCACACCUGCUGAAAAUCAAACCCGAGGAUGCCAAUUUGCCCAGCCUCCAGAAGCCCUGUCCCUCCCUCCUGCUGCAGCAGCACAUGGCAGACCUGCUGCGCCAGGAUCCGGACGUGGCACCCAGCUUCCUCAACAGUGUCCUCAACCAGCUCAACUGGGCCUUCUCGGAGUUCAUCGGCAUGAUCCAGGAGAUCCAGCAGGCUGUUGAGCGCCUGGAGAGGAACUUUGUGGACACCCGGCAGCUCAAGGUAUGUGCCACCUGCUUUGACCUCUCGGUCAGCCUGCUGCGUGUCUUGGAGAUGACCAUCACACUGGUGCCCGAGAUAUUCCUUGACUGGACUCAGCCUACCUCUGAGAUGCUGCUGCGGCGUCUUGCACAGCUGCUGAACCAGGUGCUGAACCGGGUGACGGCUGAGAGGAACCUGUUUGACCGUGUGGUCACCCUGUGGCUGCCUGGCCUGGAGAGCGUGGACCACUACCCUAUUCUGGUGGCAGUGACAGGCAUCCUGGUGCGGCUCCUGGUACAUGGCCCUGCCUCAGGGACAGAGAAAGCCACAUCAGUGCUCUUGGCCGAUCCCUGCUUCCAGCUCCGCUCUAUACGCUAUCUUCUGGGUCAUCCAGAGCCCCCGGCCCCUGGCACUGCCCUGCCUGCCCCUGACCGGAAGCGCUUUUCCCUACAGAGCUACACAGAUUACAUCAGUGCCGAGGAGCUGGCCCAGGUGGAACAGAUGCUGGCACACCUGACCUCUGCAUCUGCCCAGGCAGCAGCUGCCUCCCUGCCCACCAGUGAGGAGGAUCUCUGCCCCAUCUGCUACGCUCACCCCAUCUCUGCUGUGUUCCAGCCCUGUGGCCACAAGUCCUGCAAAGCCUGCAUCAACCAGCACCUGAUGAACAACAAGGAUUGCUUCUUCUGCAAAGCCACCAUUGUGUCGGUAGAGGACUGGGACAAGGCAGCCAAUGCGAGCGCCACUUCCUCAGCCGCCUAGGUCUGCCUACUCCACACAGCAGGAGCCUCUGCCUUUGAAUCCAGACCCAGGCUGGGCCCUAUUUAUGAGCUCCCCUUGCCAGCCCCACACCCCGCACCACCACGUCCAGCCUCCUCGCUUGUGUGUAACCUCAUUGGUGGGAGCCCAGCCAUGCCCUAAUUGUGCCUGAGCUUGACUUUCAGUCAGGGCCACAGUGAGCAUUAAAUUAUUAUUCCAUA